AUGAUCAAACACCACAUUUACACAGCUUUGCUUGUCACUCUUGCAAUGAUCUGCAUGACCAGGUCAGUGAUGGGAGGCAUGCUUGUGCAAAGCUAUGAUGGACCUGUCAGCAGCGCAGAGUUAACAUCAUUCUUGAAUUACUUGCCAUCGUUGGUGCCAGACCCCGACAACAUUGACAAUGGCUGGGCCCAACAUGACAGUGGCGAAGCGAUGAAGGCCAUGGGCCUCGUCUACGAGAUCUCCCAGAACGUCGGCAUCCUGGCCCAGAUGGUCAGGUUCUGCGACGCCCUGCUCUCCCAGCGCAAUGACCUGGCGCCCGCCCCCGUCGGCCAGAACGUCUGCUGGACCAACCGCAUCGACCCCAUCUGGCCCAACGUGCCUGCCAACGAAACUCGCGCCGACGGCACUGGUGGCGAGCAAGGUGAUCCGGUCGGACACUUGGCAUACACUGCGCGUCUGAUCCUCCAGUCGCCCGCCAUCUGGAGCACAGUCGUCUCCAUUGGCGACCCCCGCGGCUACGGCGCAACCUACCUGCAGCGCGCCAAGACAUACAUCCAAGGUGCGGAAGUUGCCGUCUUUGGCCACAUCCUGCGCUCCCAACUCGACAUGUCGCGUAACAAUCAAAUGUGGUUCAGCGCCCCCAACCCAUACAAGGGAGGCACGCCAGUGCCCUGGAACCAAGUGAUGAUGUUCACCUACGCCUUCCAGAACUUGGCCACUGCCCACGAUAUCCUGGGCGUGAACCAGACUCGCGCCAACUACUACCGCAACAUCGUCCAAGUCAACAUGGACUGGUUCUUCUCCACUGGUGUCAAGCGCAUCACUGACGCCAAGGGCAACCCCGCAUACACCUGGGGCUACUCACUCCCCAGCACUGAUGGCGAGGACGUCAACCACGGCAACUUGGACUUUGCAGGACUGUACCGCGCUUACCUCACGGGCGAGUACACUGGCAUCACUCCCGCCUCGCUCACCCCCAUCGCCAACACAUACGUGGACAUUGUCAUGCGUGGUCCAGGCGACUACGCCGGCAAGUUCAACGGACAGGAUGGCAGCGGCAACGCAUCGCCAACCAACUAUGUUCGCUCGCCAUACUUCUCGCUGGCCGAGUUUAGACCCGACGCCUACUCACAAAUGAUGGCCGACGGUCGCAUCAAGUUGGGCAGCACCAGCAACACCCGGAUGGACGUUGUUGGCCGCCUGUUCUUCUGCAGGAACAGGAGAUACCAGAGCUACACCGUGUCAGCCGUGGCUGUUAGUGGCCAGACCAACACCUACAAUGUGGGUGUGAGUGCCAAGGGUGCCUGGGCCUCGCAGGUCACUUUCAACCUCACCGGCCUGCCCGCUGGCGUCUCGCCAUCAUGGUCCAACGGCAACAAGGUCACUGGCAGCGGCUCGACGGUCCUCACACUCACCGCCUCGGGCUCGACCCCAUCUGGUACAUACUCAGUCACAGUCCGCGGCUGGGCUUGGGGCCAGGUCGUCCAGGUCGCCACAAUCUCACUCGUUGUCCAGAAGCAGGUGGCCAUGCCAACACUCAGCCUGGCCAGCGGCACAUACAUCGCCGCUCAAUCAGUAUCAAUCAGCACAUCAGAGAGUGGAGCGACCAUUCGCUACACCCUCGAUGGAACCACACCGUCCGCCACCAAUGGCGUGACCUACAGCGCAGCGUUUAGCGUCGCCACCACCGCCACACUCAAGGCAAUUGUUACCAAGUCUGGCGCCAACAGUGCCGUCGCCACUGCCACCUACACAAUCAAAAAGAUGGUCUCGACUGACGUUGGCACUGUCGCACUUGCCGGCUCGACCAGCCUCACCGGCGCUGGUAUCACAGUCACAGUGGCUGCCAGUGGUGCCGACAUCUACACUGCCGCCGACCAGUUCCGCUACAGCUACGUGUCUGCCUCAUCCAGUGGAAGCGAGUCGAUCUCAGCUCGCGUCGUCUCUCAGACCAACACCAACGUUUGGGCCCAAGGCCGGAGUCAUGUUCCGUGA